CCCGGGACGCCCCCGAGCACGAAAUUGGCGGGAGCCUAUAAAAGCUGGUGACAGCGCGAUUGCGGACAAACCGUGCAGGCGUCGGAACCGCCUCUGGACCAGCGCCAAUUCCUGCCCUGCUCGGAACCGCGGCGCGACCACGACCAUGUCCCAUCAUUGGGGGUACGGCAAGCACAACGGACCGGAGAACUGGCAUAAGGACUUCCCCAUCGCUAAAGGAGAGCGCCAGUCUCCUAUUGAUAUUGACAGCAAAGCCGCCAAUUAUGACCCUUCCCUGAAGCCUCUGCACAUUUCCUACCAGCAAGCAGCUUCUCGGAGAAUCAUCAACAAUGGUCACUCUUUCAACGUGGAAUUUGAUGACUCCCAGAACAAAGCAGUGCUGGAAGGAGGACCCCUCACUGGCCCUUACAGAUUGAUUCAGUUUCACUUUCAUUGGGGUUCAUCUGAUGGAUUAGGUUCUGAGCAUACUGUGGAUAAAAAAAGAUUUCCUGCAGAGCUCCACUUGGUUCAUUGGAACACCAGAUAUGGGGAUUUUGGAAAAGCUGUGCAACAUACUGAUGGACUGGCUGUUUUGGGUAUUUUUUUGAAGAUUGGUGGUGCUAAACCAGACCUACAGAAAGUCAUUGAUGUGCUGGAUUCCAUUAAAACUAAGGGUCAGAGCGCUGACUUCCCUAACUUUGAUCCUCGUGGCCUCCUUCCAGAAAGCUUGGACUACUGGACGUACCCAGGCUCACUGACCACCCCUCCUCUUCUGGAAUGCGUGACCUGGAUUGUGCUCAAGGAACCCAUCAGCGUUAGCAGUGAGCAGAUAUUGAAAUUCCGUAACCUUCACUUCAAUAAGGAGGGUGAUCCUGAUGAAGUCAUGGUGGACAACUGGCGCCCAGUUCAGCCACUGAAAAACAGACAAAUCAAAGCUUCCUUCCAAUAAGAUGGUCCAGAGCUGUCCAAAUAAUGGGUUUCCUUUUAGUUAAGCACAAAUCUACCUUAGUGAAUUGGAUCCUGGCUGCUUUGUGUCUGAUUCUUAGACCCUUCAUCUCUUGCCUGAUGUGCUUAUUUAAAAAAUGUGAAGAGCUAGAGCAAUUGCCCAACUUGACAGGAAAGCUUGACUGUGCUUUGCUAAUGGUAGUAGCUUUUCUGUAACAAAGAAUAUAAUGAAAGGGUAGGAAAAAAGUACCUUGGUUCUGUUUAUAGAACAUGGAGUGAUGAGAACUUAUAAUUCACUAAAAUGCUACUUUUAAAACAUGGGAAAGUAGAAUGGUAGAGUGCAAAUCCAUGUCUUGAGCCAUGAAAUGUAAAUCAGGUGAAAAAGUCAUGAUUCUAUGUAAUGUAAAUCAAAUAAAAUAAAUGCUCAUGAUUCCAAGAGAUUAUAUUAAAGAUUUAAAAAUUCUUAUAUAUUUGUAGCAAUGCUAUCUUAAAUAUAAAUUAUGUUGUAUUUUAGUGACUCGAAUUACAGAUGUAAAUCAAGUAUUAUGUGUAAAAUUGUUAUAGUUGUGAUACAGAGUAUAUUUCCAUUCAAAUAAUAUAUCAUAACUUAAUAAAUAUUGUAUUUUAGAUAUAUUCUCUAAUAAAAUUUGAAAAUUCUCUUUUGGGUUAUUUUAUGCUGGGCAGUGGGUAAUAAUGGAAGAGCAAAUGUUUAUUUUAUAAUUCAUAUUACUUAAUAAUAAGGCAUCAUAAUUAGCUUACUCAUAAUUGAAGGAGUCUCAAUAAAAGGAAAAACGCUGAAGGUCA